AUGAGCCCCCGCUACGUGCGAUACGACAACGCGCGCGAAAACGAAUAUGUCGCCGCCAUGCGCCAGUUGAUCUCGAAGGAUCUGUCCGAGCCAUACAGUAUCUACGUCUACCGCUACUUCCUAUACCAAUGGGGGGAUCUGUGUUUCCUCGCCAUGGACGACAAGGACGAGAUGAUUGGUGUCGUGGUCUCGAAGCUGGAGCCACACCGUGAUGGCCCGCUGAGGGGGUAUAUAGCCAUGCUGGCUGUGCGCGAGGAAUACCGGGGACAGGGAAUUGCUACCAAGCUCGUGCGCAUGGCAAUUGAUGCGAUGAUUGAGCGGGAUGCGGACGAGGUAUGGAAGGAGAUUUGGCUCGAGAUUGAGAUGGGGAUGACGGAAGCUGAUAAUGAGCAGAUUGUUCUCGAGACUGAAAUCACCAAUAAGGGUGCGAUGAAGCUAUAUGAGCGCUUGGGAUUCAUUCGAAGCAAGCAGCUCCAUCGGUACUAUCUGAAUGGCAAUUCGGCGUAUCGGCUUGUGCUUUAUCUGAAGGAGGGCGUGGGGGCAGUUCGGACGGCGCUGGAUCCUUACGGUCAGCUUCCUCUGCCUGGUCCGGAGGCGUGUGCUGGACAUUCCCAUGCGGGUAUGGGAUCAUUAAUGUGA